GCUCCUUUUUCCUGGUAUGGCGAUCGGCGAUCUGGAGCUGUUGCCGCGUCCUCAAGGUACGAGGAAGAAUGCCGGGAAUGUGGAGGCCCGAUGGAGUGGAAAUUAUCGCAGGGUUCUGUCUGGAGUGAGGCAGACGAAUCUAGCGACUGAGCAGCAACGCCAGGAUGAGAAUCCGGACCACGAUCAGCAGCUGUCUAUGGAUUUCCGGAUCAAAAAGAGGACUCUCGUCAAGGAGCUCGUCAAGCAACAAAUCCGAGAGGAGAUUCGCAAGAGAAGGGAGGAGGACAAGAACCGUGCUCCCAAGACCGAGAAGGAGUUUCUCGAAGUAAAGAUCCGAAGGGCUUUGUACACGAUCGAUCUCAACAGGACGGAGAUCCGGCGAAAGCAUUCGUCCCAUCUCACCGAAGGAAAGCGUUGCUUGCGAGAAACGGAGCCUCUGAGUGAAGGAGAGGCGGCGCACUACGCAAGGAUUGGAAACCAAAACCAGAACUUUGCGUCCGUCGGUAAGCGUGGGAUCUACGGAGGUGUGAUUCACAACAUCCACACCAACUGGAAGUUCCAUGAGACGGUGAGGAUCAAGUGCCCCCGCCACAACAGCAUGGAGGAGACGCGGAGAAUCGGUGCCGAGCUAGCGAGAUUGAGUGGAGGCAUCGUGCUCGAUGUCCUUGAGGACAGGACGGUGAUUAUGUUUCGUGGUAAGAACUACCAGACACCAGAGGAGCUCUAUCCUCCAACUUUGGAAGCUGUCGACAGGAGAAAUGCCGAUUCCAGGCACCACAUCCAACGGGCUUUGGAUUCACAAGUUUACAGGCUGGGACAAUACAUUUCCAGGUACCACUUUCUCAAAGAAGACAGAGAGCCCGCUCAAGCCACGCAGCCGAUGAUAGUCUUACCAGGGGCUGGCAACGAAGACAGAGAAGAAGGUUUAGAUCAAGGUUGUCAAGUAGAUGUGGAGAAUGGUGAUAAAGAACAGGCUAGAACAGCAGCAGCGGAUGUUAUAGCUACACAGGCGAGCCGCGAGCGAGUGGAAAAAAAGAUGGCGUCCAGAUUUGCGAGAGAACUUGGCCGCCACAAGACCGAGAUUGGGAAGGAGAGGAGACGCGCGAGAAAGAACUUGUUUGAUUACAAGAUUCGCAGGUGUGGGGGGAUAAAAGCGUACCUCCGCGGCCUGGGAGUACCAUAUCCAUUCCCAAGACUCCACUCUUAAACAAAUCCAGGGAGAUAAGCUUGGAACUUCUAUGA